AUGCGCCUGCCAUUCAUCAUCACUGGUAUCAUGCUGCUGGGUCAUGCUUCAGCUGCGUCCUUGAGUCAAGUUCUGGGCAACCAUGGAUCGCUCUCCAUGCUUCACAAUCUCCUGAAGGAACUCGACCUCCUGGACCGGUUCGAGGCAGUAGAGGGGUCCACGUUUCUGGCCAUGACAAAUGACGCGCUCAUUUACCUCGCCAAUUGGGGGCUUAACAUGAGCACCAUUGACCCAUCGCUUUCCAAAUCUAUUCUCAAGUACCACUUCCUCGAAGGCGUUUACCCUUCAACUGAUCCGUCAUUGAAGACGGAUACCCAGAUUGUCCACUCGGUGCUGCGGCCACCGAUUCUUACAAAUGUCACUGCAGGCCCUGUGGUUAAACUUCGAAUGGGUAAAGAUGGCAUAUUCUGCGCUGAAUCCGGCAUUCAGAAAGUCUUGCACGUCAACGACUCGGAUAUUAACCAUGACAAUGGUGUGCUGCAUACAAUCGACAGCAAUCUUGUUCUUCCACACAACCUAUCCGAAACGACCAAACUUGGCAAUCUGCAGGAGUUUUGGAACAUCAUUGAGAAGUCUGGUACAAAAGAACUUCUGGAACCUUUGCAAGACGUUACCAUCUUUCUACCGAAUAACAACGCGGUGAAGCAACGGCUUCCUUUGUUGGACGCGCUCACGGCUGAGCAAUUGUCAAUUUUAGUGGCGAACCACGCCAUUAUGAACCACGUUCUGUAUCAUACCACUAUCACAGAUGAAGAGAUGGAGCUUGAGACACUGGGAGGCAUGAAAGUCGUAGUAAAACACGACUCCAAAGGCGAUAUAUUCGUCAAUGCAGCAAAGGUCGUGACUAAAGACGUGCUCAUAUUCGGCGGUGUUGCACACAUUGUGGAUGAUGUACUGGUUCCUUCUACAGGUAGGUUAUGA